AUGUCCAUCGAGUACUUGGUCUUGCAUUACAUCACCGAAUGGGUGCAGGACUGGAUCCGAUAUAUCCGGAAUAAACCUAGGACGACAAUACAACCUCCUGUCGAGCCAGCAGCUGAGACGGUCGAGACUCAGAACCCAGAUUUCCCUCUCGACUCAAAGGCAGAACUGUUCGCUUCGAAUGUGUGGACAGAAGAGGUUGUGAUUUUGAACCAUGAAAUUCCUGAAGAUGUUUUUGGCUCUGAAAAUGCCGAUGGGAAACCAUCUGGUAUUAAAGAAGAGAUUAAUGUCCUUCAUAAUUGUGGACUUUUUCAAGUCGAAGAAGCGGUGCUCUCACCUAAUUGUCCUGUUCUGCAAGCCAAUCAUGACACCCAUGUUAUGACGGGUAUUGAUCUAAUUUCAAGUCCCAAGGAGACGGUUGCCAGCGAUCUGAUCGUCUGGCAAAGCAGUCGACAACGAUCCACUUCGUCACAAACAACAACGAACCGGGAGAAUGAAAAUGACUGGUUCAAGGAUGGACCGGAUGGUCGCGAAUGGCAUCCUCUUAUCCCGGGGUUAGCUAUCCUUCUAGUCCUUGCAAUUUUCGGUUUCUUUUUUGCAUGUUGUACAACAUGCCUGUGUCGAUCUUCUCGGUUUGACAGAGAGAAGAGACGUCUCAGAAGAGAGGUCCUCGAGCUUCGAGAGGAACUAGCAAGGCAGAAGAACCUUUUUCAACAACAAAACGGCAUGCUUGAAGAGCAGCGUGCAUUGUUGGAAAGAGCCGAGGAAGAGAAAAGGACUCUCCAGGCGAAGAAGGCCGAGGACGCAGUCGCAAAGGCUGCGUUUAUCGCCGAACUGAAGGCAGAGGUCGUCGACAAGGCCAAACAGGCCGAAGCGGCACAGGCGAACGAUGCCCAGAAGGAAGCAGUUAUUGCUAACCUUGAGGCAAGCCUUGCCUCUGCCAAGAAGGAGAUUGAAGAACUGCAGGCAACUGCAGUAGCCUCCGAUAUAAAAGAGAAGGCGCAGGAGUCUGCUCUGGAGACUUUAGAGACUUCUGUCGCAUUGAAAGAGGAGCAGAUCAAAGACCUGCAAGAAGAGCUUAAUGCUCUGGAGGAGGCCAAUAAGGCCGCUGAAGCGGCCGUGGUGUCUUUAAAGGCUCAAGUGGAGGCCAAAGACGCCAAAAUCGCCCAGCAAAAGAAGUAUCUGGCAACCGCAGAGGCUUCAGCCAUAAACCAGGCCAAUGAACUCGAAAAGCACCAGGGUAACCUGGCUGCUUUGGAAGUUUCGAAGGAAGUGCUCAUCAAAGAGCACAAAGAAGCCGUUGCAGUGCUCGAGGCUUCUCUCGAGGCCAAGGACAAGGCCGCCCAGCUAGCCUUGAAGGCCAAGGAGGCGGAGAUCGAAGAGCACAAGGUUGCUCGGGCUGCCCUUGAGGCGGCCAUCAAGAAGAAAGAAGACGAGGUCAAGGACCAGGCAACGACCCUGGCUGGCCUCGAGACGUCCCUCCAUUUGAAAGAGGACGAACUCCGACAAGUUCAGAGCACGCUCGACGCUCUGAUGACCGAGAAAGAGGAUGCUGCCCGCGGCAAUCAAGCCAAGGUCAGCCUUCUCGAGAAGGAGUUAACCAUGGUCAAGAAGGCCAUGGAGGAGGCGAAAAAAGAAGUCCAGAGCGCAAAAGAGGCUCUGGCAAACGAAAUUAAAGGGCAAUUGAAUGCCUUUGGUGCGUUGGAAGAAGUGGUUGACUCCAAGAAUUUGGAGAUCAACGAGCUGAAAGAGGCCAUGGCCAGCCAGCGCUCCCAGAUCGAGGGGCUUCAACAGCUGGUCAAGAAGGCCGAAGCUGCCCGCGUGGAGGAAAUGGAGAAGAGGGAGGCGGCCGAGAAGGCCUGCCAGGAAGAGCAGGAAGAGAGAGAGGAAGAGGACGACGACGAUUGGGAGACAGUUGACGAGGAGGAGGACGAUGAGCCACAGACAGCAGUGGCCUCUCCUACCUGGGGACCAGAGUCGGAGGGAGCAACAUUCUCCCAAACCAGAACCGACUGCUUGACCGAGCCCGAGGUGGCCACCCCGGUCGUUGCAAUGGUCUUUAGCGAGGAGCUGGACUCCUCCUUUACGACCACUGCUGCCACUGCUGAGGGUGCGCUGCCCUCGCCCGAGGAUACUCCUCGGGUGAAUAUCAACCUAGAGGCUUUCGGUGCUGUUGUUGCUGGAGAAGAGGAAUCUAUCUCCCCAGAGGAUAUUCCUCUGCCAGCUUCGCCUGUUCAAGAGGCUGAAUCGCCCAGUGUAAACGGCACUGGUUCAGCCUCGGUGUCUCCGGCCCCCGCUCCUCCGGCACUUAUCACCAGUGUCGCCACGGACAAGGACCACAUCUUCACGGAGGUGAAGGUGAAGAAGGGCAAGUUCGGCCCUGGUGCGUUGCUCCAAAGCAAAUGGGCAACGCCGACAACCCCAACAACGCCGACAACACCGGCACCGGCACCGGCAGCAACUACAUCGGCAGCAACUCCUGCACCCGUCUCUCUCCCUUCGGCGACACAAGAUUCGCCAAACUCAUUGUUCGACCCGACUCCGACUCCGGCCAAAGCAGAGCAACAGGUGGUGAAGAAAACCCCGGGCACGCUCAUGACAAGCAAAUGGGCCUCUGCAGCAGCAGCAGCAGCAGCACCUAGCCCCCUCGCCACAGCCACGCCUCUCGUCCCUACCUCCGAUUCAAGCUCGCCGGCCCCGUCGACUCCUUCCAAGCGCCCCGAAGAGGCAAAAGGAAAAGAAAAAGACCACAUUUUCUAUGAGGUCAAGGUGAAGAAGGGAGGUGCCGGACCCGGCCAGAUACUCCUGAGUAAAUGGGCAACUCCGCCGGCAGCGACACCAGCUGCCGCCCCAGCCAGUGCCCCGACUCGACCUAAAACAAAGGUCGAGCGGAUCGCUUCGCAGAAUGCGGAGAGGGGCCUCCCCGAGUCCACGCCAAAUCGGCCAAAGACCAAGGCGGAGAGGGAAGCUGGAGACAAGUGA